AUCUAAUGGCCACCGAGGCGCUAUUGAUGAUAUAUAGUUGUAAGUUAGCCCACAAUCUUCAAUCGUACAGUCAUAUGAUCGAUUAGAUACGUGACGUGAGGCAGCUCAGGUUAUAAUGGCUUACAUGUCUUACAUAUUGAAUGAUUAACUGACUAAAAUAUUGGAAAUAUAUUUCUGGGCCUGAUGGAAAUUUUUAUCAAGUUCGGAAUUAUUUCCUGAUAGUACGUAGCCUAGCUAGACUAAAUCUAAUAUUAUUCUUGAAUGAGACCAACAGGAGGAAAUCUGCUAGAGGUCCCUUUCUGAAAUAAACAAGGGUGUAGAUCUACAGUGGACUCUGAAAGAGAGACAAGGAAAGGCUGGUCUCUGACAUCUCCUUUUUACUGGCCAAUCAUAACAGCCUAUUAAUCAGCAUCAAGAGUCUUAUUAAGCUUGAACAAAUGCCUGAGUUGACAUAUAAAGAAUGUCUACAAUUGCGGCAAAAUUAUAUUGGGAAGUCAUGUAAGUUGCACUUUGAGUCAGCACCAGUGAAGAUGGUGCGAGCUUCCAAGCAGUACAUGUAUGAUGACGCUGGCACUGAGUAUUUGGAUGGCAUCAACAACGUUGCACACGUUGGCCAUUGUCACCCACAGGUAGUACACGCAGGUCAGCAGCAGAUGGCACGGUUGUCAACAAAUUUUGGUUUCCUUACUGAUGUUCAAGGCAUGUAUGCUAAACGACUCCUAGAGACAUUCCCAGAACCCCUCAAUGUCUGCUUCUUAGUGAAUUCUGGAUCAGAGGCAAAUGACUUGGCCUUGAGACUUGCUCGUGCCUAUACCAAGAAAAAGGACAUCAUAUGUGUGGAUAAUGCCUACCAUGGCAACUUAGGAUCUUUGAUAAAUAUCAGUCCAUGUCGCUUCAAGAAGAUGCAGGAUUUUGUGAAAGAAGAUUGGGUUCAUGUGGCACCAGUGCCUGAUGUCUACAGAGGUAUUCACAGAGAUACAAGCAACCCUGGUCAGAAGUAUGCUACUGAAGUUGCAAAGAUCAUCACACAUGCUCAUGCUAACAACAGACAGAUUGCGGGAUAUAUAUCUGAGCUGACCAUGACGAAUGCAGGAGUCAUCAAACCCCCAAUAGAUUAUUUUAAACUUAUUUACAGCAUUGUACGUGGUGCAGGUGGAGUGUGCAUUGCUGAUGAGAUCCAAACAGGCCUUGGCAGAGUUGGUGAACAUUGGUGGGCUUUCCAGCAUUUUGAUGUGGUACCUGACAUAGUGACAUGUGGGAAACCUAUGGGUAAUGGACAUCCCAUGGCUGCAGUGGUGACUUCCCAUCAGAUAGCAGACUGCCUUGGAGACUUCAUAAGCACAUAUGGGGGUAAUCCUGUAGCCUGUGCCAUUGGACUUUCUGUGCUGGACAUCAUUCACAAUGAGAAGUUGAUGAGUGCUGCCAAGUCAGUGGGACGCUGUCUCCUAGAGGGCUUCAAAGCUAUCUUACCACUUCACACCACCAUGGGUGAUGUCAGGGGACUCGGGAUGGUUGUGGGUGUUGAGAUUGUCACGGACAAAGAGAGUCGCAAACCUUCAAAAGAAGUGGCAGAAAUGCUAUCAUACAAAUUGAAGAAUGAUGCUAGAAUGCUAGUGGCAAAUGAUGGGCCUGACAAGAAUGUUAUGACACUUGUGCCUCCACUCUGCUUCACCACUGACAAUGCCAAACAACUAGUCACUAAAUUUGACAAACUAUUGAAAGAAAUAGAAGAUGGCCUUUUGGGAAAAGACACCUCAAAAUCUAUUGAUGAUGGGAAAAUAUCAUUAGAUAUGAUUUCAGGAAUUGAAUCAGAUUCUGACUCUGAUGAAAGUGAGGCUAAACGUGCCAGAUAUGAUGACGUUGAUUGAAGAUUGACAAAGAUUGAAGACAUGUGCAAUGUUGCCUAUCAUUUAAAGGCACAUUUUUAUGUUACUGCCUUAAAAUCUCAAAACAAAGUGACAUUCCUGUUGUAAUUCAGUAUGCAUCAUUUGGAACAUGUUUAAACUGUAGACAUCAUCAAUGAAAAGGCAAAGAUUGAGAGUGCCAUUUGUCCAAUGCUUAAAAAGUAUCACUUUACUGUGUAUUGUGCUGUCAAGAAAUAUGAAGUUAUUUUGUAAGAACAGUGCAGAAGUUGACACACUGGUAUAGAUAUAUGUUAGAGACAGACAGAUAAACCAAAUAUGGCUAUGACUUCAGUCUAAAUUCUUACAAGACACUGGUUAAAAAUAACCACAUUGGCCUCGGAUGGACUUGAAACACAGAAAUGUAUAUCCAAUAGGUUAAGACCCCAAUAGUAAUUUGUUCAGUGUUUUAAUCAGUUUUCUUAUUUAUUAAUCAAAUGAUUUAAAUGCUGGAAAUUUUGUAAGUCUACCUUGUUCAUUCUUAACUAGAAAUAUGCAGAGUCCAUUAAAUCAAUAUGUGUAUACAUAUAUGUUUUUAAAUAGGCCACAAAUCUGUAGCUCUUUGAGUGCUCAUAAGAAGGGGUGUAUUAACUAUCAUGAUAAUUACACUUUGAGUUUUGAUUGCCAUAUUGGCCAGUUGUCAAAGGCGUGCUUAUACACUGUACAUUGUAUUGUAUUGCUCAAUUUUAGUAUAGUUGUAUUUUUGUAGUAAAUGUAUAUUACAUAAAAUGUAUAUAUGUUUUGUAAGUCUUUGAAAGAUAAAUGUCUGACACAAAGCUAAUAUAUAAAGUGAAAUCUAGAAUUGAAUGCUUGAUUCAAAGUGGCCAUUUUGGAUUUUCUGUUGCAACAUUUUGUCUGGAAGUCUUACAUAUAUUUAAUUUUAAGCUUUCAUGGAUGUUUCUUUGUAUGAUAUUCUAGAACAGACUAGUUUUAGGCAUACAGUAAAAC